AUGGAUGAGAAAAUUGAGAAGUUGAAGCAGGUUGCUCAACAUGGAAAUAUUGAUGCCUUUUACAUGUUAAUUCGGGAGGAUGUAAAGCUUUUGGAGGCUAUUGAUGAGCUGCCGUUUGUUGAUACUCCUUUACACAUAGCCGCAUCAGUUGGGAACAUCCCGUUUUCCAUGGAGAUGAUGAGAUUAAAGCCAUCACUUGUCAGCAAGCCAAAUCUAGAUGGAUUUAGCCCUCUUCACCUUGCUCUUCUAAAUGGGAAAAUUGAGAUGGUGCGUAGGCUUCUACAGGUCGAUGGGGACCUUGUCCGUGUGAAAGGAAAGGAAGGUAUCACCCUUUUGCAUUUUGCAGCAGCGAUAGAUGAUCACCUUGAUCUAUUAGUUGAAUUUCUAUCAGUUUGUCCCCAUUCUAUUGAAGAUGUGACAAUUCGAAACGAGACUGCUCUACAUAUUGCUCUAAAAUUCAACAAUUUGGAAGCUUUUAAACUCUUGGUGGGAUGGCUCCGACAAAAUAGGUCUAAAAAUGCCAUGUUUUGGGAGAGGAAAGUUUUAAACUGGAAGGAUGAUGAAGGCAACACUGUAUUGCAUGUUGCAGUAUCCAAAAAUCAACCCAAGGCAAGCUCUCUUCAUUACUCAAUUUACAUACUAAAGAAAAAUGAUUCACUGGCUUCACGACAUUUACACAUGCAGGCUGUGAGUCACUUAUUAGCUUCAACAUAUGAUGUUGAUGUAAACGUUAAGAAUUUAGAGGGUAAAACAGCAAGGGACAUCUUGCAAGGAUCAGAACAAACACAAGCGGGCAGAAAGAUCAAGGUUAUGCUACACCGUGCUAAAGCCUUAAAAGCUUCAUCUCUUCCUAAAGUUACUUCUUAUGCAGAUUACUUAAGGCCCAAAGUCGGUCGUCGUGAGAAGUUUCGAAUACGCCGUACUCGUGAACAGCAUACAAUAUCAGACGAGCGGCGCAAUGUGCUUUUGGUGGUUGCUACACUGCUUAUGAUAGUGACUUAUCAAGGAAUACUCAGCCCUCCCGGGGGACUUUGGCAAGAUGACUACAAUCCUGGAACCAAUGAGUCCAACACCAUAGCACCGAACGGCAAAAUUAAUACUACUCUUCAUUCACAGGAAGCAGGGGCUGUCAUAGGUUCUAGAAAAACCUCUUUUGGGUUUUUCAUGCUGUUAAAUUCUGUGACAUUUAUGCUUUCAUUCACGAUUAUAUUUCAGCUCAUUCCAUCUGGGUAUUGUUAUGUGAUGUUCCAAGCAGCCCUUUGCUUCCUAUAUUUUUGCUAUUUGGCUUCAUUGACAGUCAUCAAGGCUUCAACUGGGACAGGUGGUUUUUUAAUUUCUGGUUCUGCCCUGCUUUAUAAUAUCGUGGUACGAAUGGAAUUAACUAAUUGGAGAAGAUGGUGGCACAAGGCUAGUCAAUAAAAGACUGUAAGGUUCAAUGCUAAGGGGUCUCCCGAUUCGUUCCUGGAAGAGGAAAAGUAAUUAGUGGGGAUACCUCAAUGUUGGGCUAGAAGAGCUACGUACCUCAACUCAAUGAGAAUAGAUGGAAAACAUAAAGCUGUAUGCAUCGC